AAGAGACUAUAACAACACCCACCAACAACAAAAAAAACUACUUCAACUUACUAUACGACACACCAGAGAGCAUGGAAGGUGUCAACGAACACCAAACCAAAGAUAAACAACAUUCUGUUAAACGCGUCAAAGCAAACACAAUGCAGAAUGACCAAACCAACACCCAACUACCAACUACUGCUAUCAUAUCAACUAAAGAACACAUCAACACCACGGAUGACAACAACAAACUGUAA